AUGGCACUGAGAACUGCAAUUCUUCGUCACCUUAGGGUUCCGGUGCAAAGCCUAACAGCGACGGGAUUCAAUCAGUCUCAAAUUGGAUUCCUUGGCUCGAUCCGUUCUCUGUCUUCGCAUGAUGAUCAUCUCAGCAAGGAGGCUGUCGUCGAUAGAGUUCUCGAUGUUGUCAAGAGCUUCCCCAAAGUCGAUCCCGCUAAGGUGACUCCGGAUGUUCAUUUCCAGAAGGAUUUGGGGUUAGAUAGUUUGGACACAGUGGAGAUAGUGAUGGCUAUCGAAGAAGAGUUCAAGCUGGAGAUCCCAGACAAAGAAGCUGAUAAGAUUGAUUCUUGCCCUCUAGCCAUUGAAUACGUUUACAAUCAUCCAAUGUCUAGCUAA